AUGAAGGAUUCCGAUGGCACAGCAACCAAACAGAGGAUGGAAGAUAUUUUAGCUUCACUAAACGACCAUUCGCAAACAGGAGAACAGGCUAAACCAAAAUGUUCGUCAAAGAAGAUGAUUACACCAAAGUUGUCGCUUGAUGCUUGCAGGAAGAAACUCAUUGAUCAAUACACGAGGACGGGAAAGAUAUCUUUAAAACCGUGGGACAGGACGAGCUACACUGACUUCGAUGAUCUCCAUACGAAUAUCGACCUCUUCGCCAAGAACAAAGGACAGAGGGGAGGAGAAGAUGGAAAACGCAUUCCACUUCCAGGAUCUAUCAACGAUAUCUUCAAGACGAAAGUUGAUGGAUCUCUUCCUCCUAGGAUACUACUCCUUGGUAAACCGGGUCACGGAAAGACAACCUUAGUCGCAAAGAUGGCAUAUGAUUGGGCCACGAAAGAUGGCGAUUCUCCUUUGAAAGAUGUACCUCUCGUGUUCGCUUUAAAAUACAGACGAACAAGGAAAGAUACAUCUCUUGGUGAAGCCAUUGUGAGUCAGCUUUUGGGACGCAUGAAAGGUGUCACGCCGGAAGAAAUUGAAGAAUUCUUAAGCGACAAUGACGAAGAUUGUGUAAUUCUUCUGGACGGAUUCGAGGAGUUUAGUGGAUCACUCAGCACCGAAGAUGAAAAGAGUAGUCUGGUUGAGCUUACUUUAUUUCAACGGUUUCCAGGAUGUCGGGUGUUAGUGACAAGUCGCCCUGAAGGCAAGGAAGCAUUUGAGGAAGCUGAUCUCCUGUUCGUCUAUGCAGUGAUGGAAAUUCAAGGAUUCACAAAGGAGAAGUCUGAUGAAUAUAUGGAUCGUUUCUUUAAGUCGGAUCCGCUUUCUAGUAAUGAUCUAAAAAACUAUCUGAAGGGGAAGAGCGAAAUCGGAUGCUUGGUUGAGAUCCCAUUCUUCUGUAUGGCAAUCUGUACCCUGUGGCAGAGUGAUCUACUAAAAUCUGUUGAUUCGCAAUCGUCGCUUUUUGACAAUCUAUUGAUGUACAUGGUCCAGCACUCGCGUUCAAAGGGGAAUGUGGGUGGACUACCCACGACUCGGAAUAUUUCUGCAAAAGAACUACAGUUACUCAUUUGCAGUGUAGGAGGGGUUGCCUUUGAGAGUUUUAAAACAGAUGAAGAUAGGGUAGUUUUUUCAUUGAAGGACUUUGAACACUGCCAAGGUGCCCUUGAUAUUGCUGUUCAUAUUGGCCUUGUGUCCAAACAAACCGCAUCAACAGAACCCGCUGUCUGGUUUGAAGAACCCCCAAUGAUCAUCGAGUUUUACCAUAAACUUGCCCAAGAGCAUUGCAUUGGAAUUCAAGUUGCCUGA